AUGAGGAGUAAGGGAUACCGAAGAGGAACGAGGUCGAUGUUUUCACAGGACCACAGGAAGCAUGGGGUUGCAAGAACUAACAAGUAUCUUGAGAAGUAUGAAAUAGGAGAUCUUGUUGAUAUUGUGGUGAAUCCUGCUAUGAUGAAGGGAAUGCCGUAUAAGUACUAUCAAGGAAGGACAGGACGAGUAUAUGAUGUGAAGCCAAGAUCGUUGAACAUUGCUAUACGAAAGAAGGUGCGAGGGAAGUACGUGAUCAAGAAGGUUAUUGCGCGUGUUGAGCAUGUGAGGAAGAGCAGAAGCGAGGAGGAGAGUAAGAAGAGGAUCCAGGAGAUGGACGAGAGGAUUGAAAAGGCGAAGGCAGAAGGAUUGGUAAUGCCAAGAACCAAGAGGCAGAUGAAGGGACCAAGGGAGGCGAUGGAAAUCAUUCUUGAGAACAACCGACCAGUUGAAGUUGGAUAUGAGCCCUAUAUUGCGAUUUUCUGA